AUGUCCUCCCCCUUGUUCGCCGCCUCGACCGCGCCCGCGGCCGUCUCCUCCACGUCCGGCAUAGCCCCCCUGCUCGCCGCCUCGGCCGCGGCCGCGCGUCGCGUCGGCGUGUCCACCGAAAAGCUCGGCCCCGGGCUCAGGGCCGCCUCUGCCCCGCCCUCGGCCACCCCCGCCUCCGCGCCCGCGGCCUCCUUCGUGCUGCCCGCCCGAGGACUCGCCACCGCGGCAGUGGCCGCCGCGCCUGCCGCCUCCUCCACGACCGCCGCCGCGCGAAGACAUUUGCAAGAUCGCAGCUUUAGAGCGAGAGCAGGAAGCCUCGUACUACUUGCAGCUGAAGCGGAGGCGUCGAGGUCACAAUUCAAGAAGUUUGACUUGAAACAAAGUUAG